GUAUUUGAAAGACUUAAAAUCCGUGAAUUUCAAAUUCAUCUUGAAACCCAUGGAUUUCAAUUUCAAACCCUUGCGUUUUCUCCACUCCCUGACGGCGAUGAAGCCUUCAUCGUCAACUCCGCCGCUGCUCUCUCACCUUCUUGUUAUUGACAAAUUUUCAGAAUCUCCUCUUGCUUGUGACAUUUUGAAACUUUCUAUGGAAUUUACCAAGUUAUGGGACCGACCCAACAUUGGGUUUCCUUGACUUGGGAACCUUGUUGUAUUUUGUUUUAUAGUGAUAGAUGCUUGGAACUUGUGGCAUGUUUUAUAUUUUAUUGGAAUUUUCUCUUUAGCCCUUGAAAGUGACUUGUCUGAUGGUAUUCUUUUCUUCAUUGGCUUUCUGAACUUUAGUCAUGAAAUCCUUUGCAGCAAUUUGAUUUUGUUCAUCAUCUUUUCUGGUUGAGUCCAAGUGUCAUUGUUUACUAAUUGGGUUCUUCUUAUCUCAAUUUAAUUUUGCCUUCUUCUCAGGGUAUUAUUUGUGCAAGUGUCAAUGAGUUUUGUUUCUGCUUUGUCAUUUUGAUGCUUAAAUUUGUUGUAAUGAGAGCACAUAGUGUUGUUUAGCACUGGAAAGAGAUGUGAUUUUAUGGUGAUUUUAUUGGAUUUAAUUGGGAUGGGAUUUGGCUAUAAGAAAAAUAAACUUCAUUCUUAUGGUGGAAACCUUGAGAAAGGGCUUGUUCUAGUUUAGUAACUUGGUUAAAUCUGGACUUCUAGAGAUAUUCUCGUACAAAAACAUUCACCUCAUUUGUUUUGGCUAAAUCAGUAUCUGUAUGGUGUUAGGUAUCCACUUGGGAGGCUGAAACAGACUCACUAGCCACCAUUAACAGAGAACAUAUAUUUUAUAAUAAAGCCAUAGGCUAUUC